AAAAAAAACAAAAAUAAAAUAGUAAUCUCUUCUUCUUCUGCUUCUUCUUCCUUAGAAAAAAAAAACUUAAAAUAGCGUAAUCGUGCAAACGAGUAGAAAGCAGAGGAGAAGGGAAGAGAAGAGAGGGCGCAGAGUAGCAUUGACAUGCGAAAUGUGCCUCUCUGUGUUCUUCUUAUCCUACGCCUCUUUCGAUUUCUUCACCAUGAACAUGAAGGUGAAGAAGGUUCCUCUCUGAUUUGUUGCUCUUUCCUUCUUCCUUUAACAAAACUUAUAAAAGCCUUCUUCUUCGUAUCUUCUGCAUUCUCGCCAUGCAUUGGAUUACGAGAUUCUCCGCCGUCUUUACCGCCGCAUUAGCCAUGAUUCUCCUCUCCCCUUCACUCCGAUCCUUUUCCCCCGCCGCAGCUAUCCGAUCGUCUUCGCAUCCCGAACCCUCUGGCGCUUUCAAAACACGACACUCCUCCUCCUCCUUCAGAGAAUCUCCGAUUUUUCGUAACGCCGAACAAUGCAGAUCUUCCGGCGACGAUUCCGGCGUCUGUAACCCUAAUCUCGUCCACGUUGCCAUCACUCUCGACAUCGAUUACCUCCGCGGAUCAAUCGCAGCCGUCAAUUCGAUCCUCCAACACUCGAUGUGUCCUCAAAGCGUCUUCUUCCACUUCCUCGUCUCCUCCUCCGACAUUCAAACCCUAGAAUCUCUUAUCCGUUCUACUUUCCCCAAAUUGAACAAUCUCAAGAUUUACUAUUUUGCCCCUGAGACCGUUCAGUCGUUGAUCUCAUCUUCCGUGAGGCAGGCCCUGGAGCAACCGCUCAAUUACGCCAGAAACUACUUGGCGGAUCUGCUCGAGCCUUGCGUUAAGCGGGUCAUCUACUUGGAUUCGGACCUCAUCGUCGUCGAUGACAUUGUGAAGCUCUGGAAAACGGGUCUAGGCCCGAGAACAAUCGGAGCUCCCGAGUAUUGUCACGCCAAUUUCACUAAAUACUUCACCGGAGGUUUCUGGUCUGAUAAGAGGUUUCACGGAACGUUCAAAGGGAGGAACCCUUGUUACUUCAAUACUGGUGUCAUGGUGAUUGAUCUGAAGAAAUGGAGACGAUUUAAGUUCACCAAACGGAUUGAGAAGUGGAUGGAGAUUCAGAAGAUGGAGAGGAUCUAUGAGCUUGGUUCUCUUCCACCGUUUCUUCUCGUAUUUGCUGGUCACGUUGCUCCGAUUUCACAUCGGUGGAAUCAGCAUGGCCUUGGUGGUGAUAAUGUUAGAGGUAGCUGCCGUGAUUUGCAUUCUGGUCCUGUGAGUUUGCUUCAUUGGUCAGGUAGUGGCAAGCCAUGGCUAAGGCUUGAUUCCAAGCUUCCAUGUCCUUUAGACACUUUGUGGGCACCUUAUGAUUUGUAUAAACACUCCCAUUGAUGCCGAUGUCGGGUUAGCCGAGUUUUCACGUUCACAGCCAAAAAUGAGGAGUAAGCCGAAGAUUAGCGGAGUUUCAUUGGUCCAGACCGAUUGGUUUAUAACUGGGGACAACUACGUAUGUUGAAAAUCUUGCCGGAACAGUACUAUAUAGUAGUGUUGCUUCAGACAGUUCAACCAGGCUGGAGAUACGAUUUAGAAGAGAGAACUUCUUUUUAAGUGUUGUACCGGCGGGUGAAUAUGUUCCAGAGGGAAAAAAAUAAAAAAAUAUAUAGUUAGGUUAUUCACAGAUAGCUCAGGUUAAAGCGUUUUUUUUCGGUGUUGUUUAUUGUUGAUUCUAAAAGUAAUAUUGUGCAGAUACUACUCUCCUACUUUGGUUCUCAAACCUUUAAAAAUGAUUUACCUCUUUGCCUUUUUUUAUUUCUCUAAUGUAAUGUGUCUGAUGUCUUCUACU